AUGUCCGGGCUUGAAAAAAGCGAUAUCAUCUCCACCCCGAUGCCGUUCCCCACGAUCCCCGUCAAGGGAGUGCCGCAAAGCGAGCGCUCAUGGGUGGAGAACAACUGGUGGGUGCUGCUCAUAAUUGAGUGCCUUGUCCUCUUCGCCGUCUUCAUGGCCCUGCUUGUCUACUAUCUUUUCUACGUCCGUACCCCAGGGAAGCGCCUGCUCGACGACAAGGUGGAUAACGAUGGUCUUAGUCAUUACGGCAGUGAGCUCAGCAGUUGCUCUAGCAGCGUCGAGUUGACGUACAUUAGCAGCAGCACCUACAAGCGCGGCUUUGCGGAGAAUGCGGUUGGUGGUACGGUAGGUGGCAGGAAGUCGCACAGGCCGACGUUGGAGGUCUUACCCCUGCCAAGCCAGCACAGCAAAGCUGCGUACAGUCCUAAGUGUGACUAA